GAGGAGAUCAGAUGCGUGUACAAGUAUGGAUGCAGGAGAAAUAAAUUCAAAAAAAAUAAAAGAUGUCAAUGGGAAACGGUGGGGAGGGGGACAGAUGGAGAUAAACAGUGUCCGCUAGCUUCAAACCGUCCAAAUCAUUUUGGUCUUUAAUCUUUCCAGUCUAUAAUUCGGGUCGACCAAGCUAAGCUAGAAGAUUUUAUACUCUAUUCUACUCUGAAUCUCAACCCCCCUCUCCUCCUCUCCCAACAAAACCUCCUUAUCUAUGGCUGUAAUCGUCGGUGGGUUGUUGCGGGCCGGUGAAUCUGGGUAGCUAGAUAGCUAGCUAGCUGUUGUUCUUCGGGAAGCAUAAUCGUGAUUUUCCGGAUGGAAGUGAUGAUGAAUUUUAGCUUUAAAUAACAAAAGGAAGUGAUUUUUAGUUGCUUUUUAUAGAGUUGCAGAGAGGAUGAAUCACUGCGUUCCGGAUUUUGACAUGGAUGAGGACUUCAAUCUUCCUCCCACCGCUACUUCUUCCUCUGGUUUAACCAGGCAUAAGAAGUCUGCAAUGGGUGAAGAGGAUAUCAUGGAGCUGCUAUGGCAGAACGGUCAAGUUGUUGUGCAUAGUCAAAACCACAGAUCUUUUCAUAAAUCUCACUUUUCCGGGGAUGCCGCGAUUCCGGCUGAGCAGCCUGUCACCAAGGAGAUUCGACCGGCGGGAGAAGAAACGGCGGCGAAUCAGCAUGUGUUCAUGCAGGAGGAUGAGAUGGCGUCGUGGCUUCACUACCCUCUCGAAGAGCCCUCGUUUGACCGUGAUCUCUAUGCCGAUUUGCUGUAUCCACCAGCUUCGUGUGCUCCCGUCUACGCCGCCCCAACCACCGCCGCGCCACCGCGCGAAAUCCGUCCGCCCGUAUCUGAGAUCCGUCAUCUUCCGAUGCAUCAGCCGCCAGCUCCAAGGCCACCUAUUAUACCUCCGGCGAAAAACGCCGACCUCGAAGGCGCGCCACGUGUACAGAAUUUCGGCCAUUUUUCGCGGCUGCCUAGGGCUAGGAUCGAACCUGGACCCUCGAGUUCGAGCCAGGCUGCGAGAGAAUCGACGGUCGUGGACUCGAACGAGACUCCGAUGGUGAAAGCUGAAUCUCUAGCUUCACGCGUCGCAGAGAGUGUGGCGCCGGUUUCUGGCGGGAAUGUAGGCACUGUAGCCACCGGCACGUCCACCGGCAAUAGGGAAAUGAUGACGUGUGAACAAACGGUGACGUCAUCCCCCGGCGGCUCAGGUGCCAGCGCCAGUGCGGAGCCGCCACAGAAGCCGGCGCCAACAGCGACGGACGAUCGGAAGCGUAAAGGAAGAGAAACGGACGACACGGAGGGUCACAGUGAGGACAUUGACUUAGAGUCUGCUGAUACAAAGAAGCAAGCCCGUGGUUCAGCUACAAAGAGAUCUCGUGCUGCAGAAGUCCAUAAUCUCUCGGAAAGGAGGCGUCGAGAUAGGAUUAAUGAAAAGAUGAGGGCUUUGCAGGAACUCAUACCACGUUGCAACAAGUCAGACAAAGCUUCAAUGUUAGACGAUGCAAUUGAGUACUUGAAAUCGUUACAAUUGCAAGUGCAAAUGAUGUCUAUGGGAUGUGGCAUGGUCCCUAUGAUGUAUCCUGGUAUCCAGCAGUAUAUGCCAGCAAUGGGUAUGAGUAUGGGCAUGGGGAUGUGCAUGGAAAUGGGCAUGAAUCGUGGAAUGGUUCCAUAUCCACCACUUCUACCCGGUUCGUCAUUGCCAAAUGCAACAGCAGCAGCACAGAUAAGUCCACGGUUUGCUAUGCCACCAUCAUUUCCAAUGCCACCAGUUCCUAUGCCUGAUCCAUCUAGAGUUCAGACCUCAAACCAACCCGAUCCCAUGCUAAACCCACUCAUUACCCAUAAUCCUAACCAGCAACAAAUACCAAACUGUGCUGAUCCAUAUCAGCAAUUAUUUGGUCUUCACCAGGCACAAGCAACAUUACCGCUGAAUCAAACAGUGGAACAUCCUAUUAAUAGCAAGCCAAGCAGCAGCAAAGAUGUUGGGAAUCCAGGGAAUCAUCAAUCUCGUUGAUGAUUUCCAGGUAGGCCAUUUAUGGUAAGUCUACCACCAACCAAAUUUUGUAGAGUAAGAGAAGCAGUAAUGUGAAUGCAUGCAGUCUACAUUUGCUUGCGGCCUCUGGAAUGCACCGCAGCUAACAUGUUACAUGUAACUAUUCCUGUAUGAUCAAAGUUCCUUUUAUUUAUUUGUUGCUUUUAAUACCCUCUUGCAAGUGCUAUAUAUGUUAGUAUGAUUUUAGAAUUUUAGUUAAGUUCUCAAAGAAAUUACUAUUUUAGUAUAUAUUAGACAUAGAUUAACACCUUUA